AUGGAAGAUAAUCAAGGCCAAGACCAUCAUAGUCCAAGCAACCAUGGAACUGAAAGAAGUGAGCCAGUGAGGUCAAGGUGGACUCCAAAGCCAGAGCAAAUAUUGAUACUUGAGUCCAUCUUUAACAGUGGAAUGGUAAAUCCACCAAAAAAUGAAACUGUGAGAAUAAGGAAACUUCUUGAAAAAUUUGGCUCUGUUGCUGAUGCAAAUGUUUUCUACUGGUUCCAAAACCGACGAUCAAGAUCUCGCCGCCGGCAACGCCAGAUGCAAGCUAGUCUUCUUGCAGGAUAUCAAAGAAAUAAUCAACGGGCAUACGAUAGCGGUGGUGUAAUUCAAUACGAAGGUGGUGGCACUUCUAAUGGGUUUGCAAAUUCUCCAUCUUCUUAUCUUGUUGGUUCCUCUUCUUCUUGUGGAGUUGUUGAUGAAGAUCAUGGUGUAGAGAGUUUGUUUUCUUUCUCUAACCAGAUGGGUUUUCAAGAAUUGGAGCAAACCUCUGGUGUAACUUCAAUUUCAAGCCCAUCAGAGACUUCUAGUUUGCAUUACCAAACUGCUGGAUUCAUCACAAUCUUCAUCAAUGGGGUUCCAACAGAAGUUCCUCGGGUGCCACUUGACGUGAAAGCAAUGUUUGGUCAAGAUGUAAUGCUGGUGCAUUCCUCUGGAGUGCCUGUUCCCACUAAUGAAGAUGGGUUCUCAGCGCAAAUCUUGCACCAUGGUGAAAGCUAUUUCCUGGUUUCAAGAUCAACCUAAAUCGUUAUUAAAGCUGCAUCAAGAAAUGGGAGCUUCC